AUGGGAAGGCAGCUCGGAUUUGCCGACCAGCCAGACGCGUUCUGGGGUCUGACUAAGCGCCGCACUGUUAUGAAGACCAGCUUCAUACGUGUGGGACUCGCGAAAGAUGCUGCUGGCCCCACAGUGGUGACGAGCCGGGUGGGUGGUGACGCUGCACUUCCGUGCCAGCUCCGACACGUCACGACAGACUCUUGGGCCGUGUCCGUGUCGUGGUUCAAGCGUGGCCUCUUUGUGCCCGUCUACACGGUCGACAUGGGCUCGGAGAACUUCCUGCAGGCCAGGCACCGACCGGCACACCUAUGGGCCGGACGCGCCUAUUUCUCGUCGGCCGAUGAACCAGCGCUGCUCAUAAUUGGAGACGUCACUGCUGCGGACGCCGGACUGUACGUGUGCUCGGCAUUUUUCGCCAAUGGCAGCGAGCGUAAUUCCACGGUCCGCUUCGUCGUAGUCGUUCCACCAGAGACGCCUAUCAUCAGGGACAAGUUCGGCAGCAAGGUUGGCAAUGUGACAGGGCCUCAUCGGGAAGGCGAGGCCCUAACGCUCACAUGCGAAGUCAGUGGCGUGAAGCCAUCCAUGGUUCGCAUCCGCUCAAAGCAGCGUCCGUUGGCAGCCGGUCUGCCAGCAGAAAUUGAGUGCGAAGCUGCCGGUUCUCGCCCCGCACCGACGAUAACAUGGUGGUGCGGAAAGGCCAAGAUAGCCGACGACAACGUAAAGGUGAUGCUCAUCGGAAAUCGUGUUUUCUCGGUGGUAACGUACACACCCAGAAGGGAAGACAAUGAAAAACUGCUCCGGUGCGUUGCCGAAAAUCCCAGCAUCGCAGGAAGCUUUCUCGAAGCCACUUACAGCCUGGACGUACAUUACAAGCCCAUUGUAACCCUUCAGCUGGGAAAGCGGUUGCGGCUAGAAGAGAUCUUCGAGGGGCAAGACGUGUACCUGGAGUGCAGCAUCGACGCCAAUCCGCGUGUGAGUGAAGUCACGUGGCACUUCGAAAACAGUCAGGAGGUCCACUCGGACCCAGCCGCCAAAGUAAUCACCAGCAGCCAGUCGCUCGUGUUCCAGGCCAUCCAGCGUCUGAACGCUGGACGCUACACCUGCGUCGCCAUUAACACCGAGGGCGAGUCAGUCAGCAACGAGCUCCAUUUGAGGGUGAAAUACUCGCCAGUGUGCAGCUUUCAACAGCGCACCGUGUACCCGGCUGCGACGCACGAAAUGCUGCAAGUGUCAUGUGACGUAGACGCUCACCCAUCGGCCGUCAGCUUCCAGUGGGCCUUCAACGGCAGCCUGCGCCGCCACGAGAUUCUGACCUUCGUGUCUGAGGGCAGCCACAGCGUGGCGUCGUACGUGCCGCGUGACAGAUCAGACUACGGCACGCUAUUGUGCUGGGCCACAAACAAGAUAGGCCGACAGAAGGAGCCCUGCCGCUUCCAGAUUGUCCCCAUCGGUCCGCCCAAGGCUCCAUACAAUUGCACACUAAGCAACCAGACGGAUGACGCGUUUCUGGCCGAGUGUCUAGAAGACCCGAGCGAUGGCGGCGAACUGCGACAGCUGUACAACCUCGAAGUUCACGACAUCUCGUGCCACCGGCUCCUCGCCAACCUGAGCGCCGAGAGACCCGCCUUCUGGGUGCAGGACGUGCCCGUCAGCCUGAAUUACGUGCUCGUGCUGUACGCCGUCAAUGAGAUGGGACGCUCGGAACCAGUGCUGCUGCGCGCCGACACCCCCGACCACUACUGGGAUGGCACAUUGCAUCACGAUGGCGACUGGAGCAACUGCGAAGAGAGCAACUCCCUAGUCGUCACCCUGAUCACUGGUGAAGAAGCAACGUUUAAAAGCCACCACUGGUAA